UAGUGACACCGGAUAUAGCUAAUCUGGUGAUUCACCGGAAAACACAUUCUGAUCCCCCUUUCUUAGGAAACUAUUAUCCCGUCUGCGUCAGCGAACAGCUUGAUAGCAAAUGUUAAUACAUGCUGUUGAAGACACUAUGAAUUCCAACAUUUCAAGAUUGGUCCUUUGUUUUGCUUUGGUUGGUCUUGUGAAUUUACAGUUGCUGUAUGAUGGACAUUCGGAGAACCAAGAAUGUGAAGUGAUGGAGAUGCUGAGGAAAGCACUGAGCGAUGGAGAAAAUCUGCAAACCCAAGUUACUCAGUUGAAUAAGGAAAUACAAGUGUUGAAAAGAUGGAUGAGUUGUCCACAGAGCUGGAAGUCGUAUAAUAACUCCUGCUACAAACUAUUCUUGUCGAAAGAAUCCUGGAGCGAUGCUCAAGUUCGGUGCUCUUCCUAUGGGUCGGUAUUAGCAGAGAUAACAACGGCCGAAGAAAAUGCCUUUAUUGUGAACACUAUGCUACACAAUGCUUCCACGAUUUCGGUUGGUGUUUGGGCAGGAGGAACGGAUGCCAGAAAAGAAGGGGAGUGGAUAUGGUGGUCCACCAACACCACAAUGUCAUUUAUUAACUGGAGAGAUAAUCAACCUGAUAAUUGGUCUGCAACUGAAGGUGAACAUUGUUUAGAAAUGUCAAAAGGAUAUGAGUGGAAGUGGAAUGAUUAUGGAUGUCACAGAGAAAUAGAAUUCCUUUGUGAAAUUGAAGCAAACUACUAGAAAUACAGAAAAGAUCAAUUUUGUGGCCUGAAACAUCUAAUCAGAUGUGGUCUUCGCAAUGAUAUGAUUUCUUUUACUCAAACAAAGUUGGACAUUAUGGACAUUUAACAGAAAUAUUCAUGACACUUAAUGAUUUUCUUUUCACUAAAACUCUAACAGCUAAUAAAUCAGAUGCCAUAAA